UUUGUUUUUCUAUAUUUUGUGAUGUUUCACGUAAAUUUUUUCACUUUCGUUAAAAUAUGUCAUUAUUUUCAGAUUACAUGUUUAAUCUAAGUAUAAAUUUACGGUGAACUAAAGUAAUGUAUUGAAAAAUAUAAUAAUUAUUUAUUAACUUAUAAUCCAAUUACGAUGAUCUCGGCUCGCUAUACUCAUUACCCAAAAAUAAAGAAUUCAUUUAGUUAAUUAAUAAAUAAGUAAGUAAUGUCUAGAUAAUAAUUAAUAUUUUUGAUUACUCGAGUAGUUAACAUGGAGGCGGUUAAAUUUUUAGUAUGAAUGAAACAUCAAAAUACUAUAAAAAAGUUGUAUUUUUUAUGUACUUGUUUACAAAACAUUGGUGAUAAAAUAAAUUUACAAGAUGUCGACGCCACGUGUUCAAGCGGAUAGAAAAAUUGAUUCUAGAACAUCUGAAUCUAUUCGUUUUAUCGAUGGAUUUUUAAUAAACCCAGUUCCUGUAGAAUCUGAUGGUGAUUUUGCAUUCCUGAAAGAAACAGUUGAUAACGCUGUAACUGAUAAGGGUCCAGAGCCCCCAGUCGAUUCAUUAAAUUACAUGCCUGAAAAAGUAUCAGAUGACAAGAAGCGACAAGUGGUAAAAAUAUUCAAAAUUGCUCUGCAUAAACAAAAAGUUGCUGAAAAAUUUAUGUUUAUAAUUAAUUUUGAUGAUUGUCGUAAAUUUCUCUUUAGUCAUCUUCAAUAUUGUAACGAACAUCGUGUGAAAUUUCUAAUGAAAAACCCGUCAUGUUUUUUAAAUUUUAUAAUAAUAUUCGCUGAUUUUUUUUAUUUAUACAAAUUAUCAAGGGGUGUUGCAGAGAAUUUGCUUGAAUGUUUAGUAAUUUUGUUAGAUAUUGGUGAAAGUCAGGGAUAUGAAGUAGUGACAACAGUGCUGUCGAAAAUUGGAUUAAAAAUGACCUUUCGUUUUCCAACAAUAAAAACAAAUCAUUUAUUCCACAAAAUUCAUCAUACUUUUAAAAAUAUAGAUUCAAAUUCACGAUCACGUACGUUUUUAAUGCUAGCGAUUACGCUGAAUAAUCGAAAAUUUAUGCCUUUUCCUGAAAAUCAUUACUUAUUUAAAUUUUACAUUAAAAAUUUGGGAGAGUCUACGAUGAACAAAAUUCAAAAUAAUUUAAAACGUUAUGAUUUCAAAAAUGAUUAAGUUUUUGAUUAAUAAUAAAUGAUGAAUAAUUAUUUUCGUUUGUUUUAUAUUUUCUUUAAAAAGUAAUUAAUUAAGCUCUCAUUCAACAAUUUUUUUUUUUUAACGCAAGACAUAAGUACGAUACCUUCUAGUAGUAAAAUAUUUAAAAAUACUUGUCUGUUCAAAAAAUCUGUUAGAAUAUACUAUGCAAGCGUCGCUCAAGAAUUUUGUACAAGAAACUUGCGUGAAAAUUUUUUGUAACGGGUGGAUUUUUAUGGU